AUGCGCCCCGUUCCUAGAUCAUUAUUGUUGAAACAAAGGAAACGGUUGCAACGUGUUAUAACCGAUACACAAGGUAAGAGUAAUAAAAAUAUACUGCUAUCCUCACUUUCCGAUGUGUUUCAACCCAUAAAUCCCAUUGCGAGAUCAGAUGUUGAUCCAUUGUCUCAACCAGAUAAGUUCUCACUUUUCUCAAAGAGACAGAUACUUGAACAAUCGUCCCAAUUCGAUCAUUUCGUUGACUCAACCAAUCUGAGGGAUGUAUCUAAUUUUAAGAUAGCUUUCUCAACAUUAUACAACAACAGACUGGGGUCAAAAAAACAUGAAUGGGCAACACUUGAAUAUGCAACCAUCUUACAUAAUAACUCAGACUGGAAACAUAUACCGACAACAAUGAAACAAUUAAUCUACUACCAUGCCUAUGGAGACUACGGACCUAGAAACUCAAGGUCUUUGGUCCUAAACGAAAACCCGAGGUAUAAAACUAAAUGGGUUAACCCAUUGACAUCUUCGAUCUUUAUUUACUCAUCGCUGAUUGCUAUAUGGGCCUUAUCCAUGUGA